AAGGCUCUUUCUUAUGAUAACAAACAAUUUGUAAAUACAUACCUUUUAAUUAAGUUCUAUCUAAAGCUUUACCAAAACUGAUGCAAUGCAGUUUCUGGCCUCACCACAUGUAAAACAAGUCAACUGGUCAGUUGGUUGCACCGUCUCCUCAAACAUGAGGGCUCACAUAACAAACAAAGCAUCUGCGCCAAAGGUCAUUCGAGAAGCAGGAGAUCUGGGUUCAAAUGUGAAUUUUUGGUCUGCUUUGACAUUUAAAAAGAGGUUUUGCUACAGUGGUAAUGGAGGUCCGAGAAAAGGUGGAUGUAUGAUGGCUACUAUUACAUGCAUCUUCCUUUAUGAACUCAACUGUGCUGCUAAUGGAUGUUUUUUUUUAUGGGCUGUCUGGACCAGCCACACCCAAAACCCCCUUGCCUCCAAAUGUGAUCUAAUCUGCCUGACUGCUGCUGCAGACUCCAAGCAUCAUCCAACAGCUACUUUAACAUUGCAGAGCGUAUUAUGUUGUUAUAUGUAUCCUUAUCUAGUUUAGGUCCAUUUGCAAUGUACUGUGUCGGAUAUCUGCGUUGUCAGUGUGGAGAGGGUGGAAGGAAUAAAGCAUGUGUGUGUGCGUGAGGAAGAGAGAGAUUUGCAGAGAGUAUCAGACAGAGUGAAGAAACAGCCGGGGGAGACAGAGGCCAUGUGAUGUCAAAACAAUAAGUGUACUUCUUAGACAUGACAGUUGAGAGUCACUGCAAGAGCUAUGAUGUGUCAUUUAUUUGUGUAUUUAGUAGAGACCAACAACUGCUUGGAUUUGCAAUAUUAACAGCCGUAUUUGCAGAUUUUUAUACCAGAAAUUUAUCGGUCUUUAAAUGUAAUAUAGUAAUAUUUAUUAUUGCAUGAUAAAAGUAGAUCAGAGUAUAAUAAUUACUGCACGAUAAACCAGAAUUUUGGCCGCGAAUUUACUCACACAGACUUAAAUAUUCCCAGCAGUUUACAGAUUAUGAAGGCAGCACUUGCUGUUUAAGGUCACCUAAAGACUGCCAGGGAAAAAUCUCCACAGGAUUUCUGACUCCAGCUUCACUAUCUCCAACUUUGACUGAUGUUUGAUGUUAUUCUUGUGUUUGUACUGCAACUGUGUCAUUGAAAGAUGUUUCAUGCCUAAGUCACAGAGCCUUAGAAACCAUUCAGUAACAUCCUGGCAACCACAGGUUGCUAGAUAAAAAUGUAUAUUCUCCAACUGGUCUGAGAGUGACUGCUGGGGGUUGCUGGCUGUCGCAAAGAGAGUGCUUUACCAAAACCCUCUUAUUGUAGCUUUGGUCAAUAGCAGAUUGUUGUAGUUUGCACGAAAAAUGCCCUCUUGUCUGCAAACACUGGCCAACUUCUUGCUAAGCAGUAGUCAAACCUGGAAAAAGCCUAAACUUUUGGUUCUUGUUUAUGCUUUGUAUGUAUGGUUUACAGCAAACAACAAUUCUGAAUGACUUUCCAUUAGGACCACAUCCCCUCCACAAAAGUUACAGAAAGAAAGUUCCUACAGAAGGUUCUUGUAUUUUAUUUAAAAUAAAGAAUUGGAUAGCUUACAGUAUGAAGACUUUGUCUAAAAUAAGUGUGGCCGAGCAGUUAUCUGAGAUGUCACGUGCAUCUAAAUGAUGUUAUUUUUUAUAAAACCCUGACUUCACGCCUAAAUCCACUCAGAUGUCGAUGAUGUGCCAAGUAAGAUGGUCUCUUACCUUUGACCUCUGCAUUUUGUUUUUUAAAUUCAUUAAAUGCCAUGCAAUAUUUAAGUCAGGAUUCAGCAGCAGCAGCUCAAGGCCUUAUAGUCUUCUCUGAUUGGUCAAGGUUUCCAUUUAUACCUUUUUUCAUGUCCCUUGGUGUGUGAAUUUUCAGUGUUUUCUGCAUCUUUGACAAACUCAGAUGCAGGCAGAUACUGGUUGGACCAGUGCAGGAGUGCCACUUAUUAACAAUAGGACAUCCGGCUCUCCUGUUGUUAGCGAUGAGGCUUGUCAGUCAGCAGAUAUCCUGGCUUUUAACACAAGUGGAGUUCAGUAUUGUUUACAAGAUAUAAAUCACUAUAAUUCUAAGACUGGAGUACCUGAACUAAUUAAAAAAAAAAGAAAAGAAAAAACUGUGAAGAAAAUAUGCUACUGCGGUGGGACAUUCUUGUUUUAUUGAGGCUCAAAUUGGUAUAUUUGCACUGGUAACAUACAUUUUUCACAUUGGCAGCUCAUAUUUGUGGCUGUGGUGUUGUGGUUUGGGGAAUUCGGUAAUCUGCUUAUGGUGUUGUUUGUGUUAUAUGCUUGCUUUCUUCUGCAAACUAGGAUUAAGAGUUAAGAAGUGCAUGAAUCAGCGAUAUUAAACUUGAAAUAUCAUUGUUACUGGAGUUGUAAUGAUUCCCGUUUCUGGCAAGUGGAAUUUGGAGUCACAGUGAGGUUGCAUAUCGAGUUAAAGAUUUACUGCAUCAAGUUUGAUGUCCUUUCUUCAAACAGGAUAUUGUAUCAGGACAUAACUCAGGGCAAAUGAGUGCUGUAUUAUAGAGACACUUAAAUUUAAUGAACAAGGUGGAGAGUUGUGCUCCAAAUGGAUUAAGGAUACCACUCGGGAUUAUUUAGCGAGUCCCUGAAACUCCAUGAGGUAUAUGUACACUAAUGGAACAUCAAAUUAUCUGAUGCUUUUGUCUUGCUUUUGUAAUCCUCACCCACCUGGUGCUCUGGUGGAGGCUGAAACAAACUCUGAAUGACUUUAAUCUAUGUUCAGUGCCUAAACACUUUCCUCAGUUUCCUCUGGUUUGUGAGCAGGUGAAAAAGAGCAUGUUUUCUGUUCUGACGUCCUUGCGUAUGUUAAGCUCUAUGAAGGAAUGUUGCAUUAAAAAACACCAAAACAGGAAAAACAAGCGAAUCAGCUCGAUAAAACCGGACAUAUUCAUGCGGAUGAUAAUUUGAGUGCUGUGAAGAGUCAUUAUCGACAGGUCCUAGCUCUUUAUUUUAUUUAAAACUAACUGAUAAUUAAACUAAAUUUGACUUUUCAAGUCAUUUUCACAUUUUACAUAUACAGGGACUGAAUUAGGUUGUUCGUGAAUGCCACUCAAACUUCUAAAUAUUGUAUUUUGAACAAGCCCACAGGAAGAUAUUUUUAUCUGUGCUAUGCUGCCCCCAAGUGAUCAGAAGUGCAACUGAUAGUAUACAAAACCUUUAUAUUGCCAAAUCUUUCACCAGCACAUAUAGACACCUACACAAAAGCCCAGCUCUCAUGUUUGGAUUACAGUCAUAUAUGUGCACAUUCCCUCGUGGUGACAGGAAACAGUCUCUGUGAAUUUAAUGUCUGCAAAUUUGCUUCCACCGCGUAACUAAAGCUGUGCAGGGACCUGGCUGUAUGAAAUUGAUUUGCCAAUAGAGGGAGCCAAACACCACAGUUAUUAUCUGUGGGCGUCAUUGUUAACAACACUAAACAGCUUGUAAUCCAUUCAUUUUGCUUUCUCGUUCAUUUUGUGCACCAGGAUGGAUGUGUCCUGUUUUUUAUGAAAGCAGAUAUGAAAUUAUUGCAGGUAAACUUUUUCUUUUGUGCACAAACGUACAUGAAUACAAAGGCACUCUCUGACUGCUGUUUUGUUGGCUUUUACUGCCGAUCCCUGAACAAUUAGACCCAAACAUAUAAAAUACUGUCUAGAAUGUUUGUGCAGAUGAAACAUGAGUGUUUGUUUUCUCCUUGAUAGUUUGAUGAGCUCUUCCUUUCUUUGCAAAUGCUUCUUUGCAAGUGAUCAACCCAGGGAACAAAGUAGCAUGUGCCCAUGUAAGUUGUAGAAUUUUAAGGAUUCUUAUUCUGUUUUUUUUGUUUGUUUGUUUUUUGUUUUUUUCCAUUUUUCUGAUGCAUUAUUAGAUGAUGAAAUGGGUUAUAAUUCAUACAUAGUCAUAUGGAUAAUAGUUGUUGUUUGUGGACAAUUUUAUCUUGGGGAAUUCUCUGGUUUCCCCUCAGGUCCAUACUGUGAUCAUCUGCUAUAUUGGUUCCUACCCUGUAAUGCACACUCCUCCAAGACUUCAUUAACUGCAGUUUCAUGUGUAUGUGCGCUGAGUAGUUUGCUGCAGGCGAUGGUUAGAUCAGCAGCAUAGGGACAGAAAGAUUGAUAAAAGAAAAACAUCAGAGAUAGACUGAAAGGAAAGGAGGAGAUGAUGAAAGAGUAAAAAGGGGGGAAAAUGCAGUUGGCUGGCAUGUUUGCUGCUGACCCACAUUUGGAAUCAUGACAUUUUUCCUGAGUGUGCUAUUUCCUCUGUGAGUAGGCUGAAAGAAAGUCUGAAAGAAGGGUAAUUUCACUGCAAAGACACUGCCAGAGACUGCAAGCAACUUACAAACACCCUUGUCUUUUUUAAAGAGUAGUUUUAAACAUCUGAUCCGUGUACAGAGAAAUCACCUGCUGUUAAUCCCAGUUUCACAACAGACAAAGGGACUGUAAGGUCCAGUAAUUCUAAUUCAUAAGCUCCUUUUACAGAUGGAGAUAAUGAAGGAUUAGUUCAAUAAAUCCUGAUGUCACUGACUGACUGAUGACUUAUUAUGGUGCAGUAACUAGAGUUUAGGAUGUGAUUAGCUUGAGUGGAAUUUUUGAAUGUGGAACAUUUUCCUUCUGAUUUUAAGGUUGUUUAAAUAUGUAUCAUGAUAGUUGAGGGGACUGAAAAAGACGCUCAGUACAGUAAAUGAAUGGAUCGACUGGGAGUCAGCAUUGUUGAUGCAUUCCCAAAUUGCAUAUGCGUUCAGUCCUAUGCUAUAACCUUUGACCUGUUGUAUUGGAACAGCUUUAGUAAGCAGCCCUGCACGAGACAAUUGCCAAACUGGCUGAGUCCAAUUCCCUCUAGUUAUUGCACAAUUGUAAUUUAAUGUUUCACAGCUAGUAUUUGUACAGUAUAACCUUUUGUGACAUUCAUUAUCUAUCUAUCAUUAUCUUUUAAAAUAUUGCCAUUUAGUAGCAGUGCAAAUAAUAAAAUACUCACUUGUAACAUGUCUGUGAAAUAUUCAAAUUCAGAUUAAAAUGCAACUAGAUUUACAGGAAACCGCUGAUCAGUAUUCACACAGUGUUAUCGUCCCAGGCUAAGGAAAAGAAAAGUUGCCAGAAUUUUGGUUGACUGGCCAGGUCAUGUUCUGUGUGUGUGUGGAUAUAUUGACGGGGGUUGGACAAAUAGAAGGAUAAAAAAUAGUGCAUUGUUUAUUUGCAGUUUAUACAUCAGAAACUGUACAAAGAAUUGCAUUUUUCAGCCAUAGUUUUGAGAGAUCUACAGACAGUGAUGAUAGCAAACACUGAAAGUAUGGCAAAGUCUGGCUGUUGCUGAUUGUGUCUUUGCUUGGCUGUUUUUGUGAGCAGCCUGAAGCUUUGGCUGACUUUGGCUGUGUUAUAUCACACACACACACAUGCACAUGUCUAUAUAUAUGUUAAAGUUAAGUAAAAUAUUACAAAGAAACUAAAAAAUUACAUUAUUACAGUACUUAAAAAAUAAUAUAUACAUUAGUUCCAGUACCCAGCAUUGAAGAGCUAUUUUAGCUGCUUUUACUGGGGAAACUGUUUCCUUCAUCAAUCAGUUGUUAUUACUGGAAGAUUAGCAAGCUUUCUUUACAGUAGCUAUGCACAUAGGCACCAUUUGCUGUGAUGGUGUCAUGUUUGUCCAUUCACUCACUGGCUCGUAGCCAGAGGCAAUAUCUGGGGCACAAGCUGUAGUGCAGCUUAGCUGUUGUGUCUGCAUAGAUAUACCACACUAAACACCCAAUUAUGAUAUUAACACCUUUCCCAUGGUGUUAUCUUCAGUCACACUGCAUACAGUUAAUAAAAUUAUGUCUUGCUCAUUAUGUCUUGCCAAUCAAAAUCAUAAAAAACAUUAUUGGGCCUAAUUAUAGCUUAGAAAUAUAGAAAGAAAAGGAUAUAAAACAGAAGAUAGAUGUUAUAUGAAAAAAGAUGCUGGUUGUUCAUAUGAAACAUUCUCUCCUCUCCCCUUUGUUAUUGUCUGUUUGUAGGUAGGACCACCCUUUCAAAAGCAACAAAAAAUACAGCGUUCUCAUAUCCCAGGCAACCAAUAGCCAGGCUCCUUUGCUCUCACAUGUUCUUACCAUAGACCAUCCCCCCGCCCAUGUUGUUAAUAUUCAAAGGCUGCAGUAUCCAGAAAUGAGCUCAUAGCAGGACUCAUCACACACAUCCUGGAAACCCCAAAUAAGAAAUGAAAAGAUUUAGAAAUGCAUUUAUGACAUGGUCUUUCUGACUUUACACACUGACUGUGAGGUAUAUACGGAAAUAUGAAUGAUCGUCAUUUAAGGAGAUGUGGUGGCUUGUUGCUCAUUACUCUUAUCACCUCAGGAAACAAACUGGAUCUCUGCUUCUCAUUAAUUUUAUGCUGGUUGGUAAUGCUUCCUUGAAAGUAGUUGCCUCUAAGGUCUUGUUAUUCCAUAUCUGAUUAUUUUAAUUUAAAAUGAAUAUGUAUCUCAAUAGUAUCCCAGUAAUUGAUCUGUUGGUCCGAACAUGUCUGCAUAUACAUUUUUCAUUUAGUUCUACAUUUGAUGUCAAAAUGUUUGCGAUUUACCAGGCUGUCAUUUUUAACAUGAUGGAAUUACACAGUAUGUUACAGUAAGUUUCUUUCAUUAAUUCAAUAUUCAAUAUUUUCUCAGUGUUCUGAGUAUGAUGCUGAAAUGUUUUGUGUGAAAUCUCAAUGCAUGCACCAUUGCCGGUAAUACAAUGCCAUCAAUAUACUACAAGUUACAUUUGCGUAAGCAAUGCUAACUAAUCUGAAUUUCCUCACAGCAUGUGACACAUUUUAAAGACAUCCCACAUAUUUUAUUAAUGAGCAGCCUCCAUAAAAAGAUCAACAUAUAAGCCAUCCUGUUUUAGUGUAUACCAGGAUACCAACAUUUCCUAGUUACCACUGAACAAAAAGUACAGCGGAAGCCAGUGGAAAACACGGCCAACAGGGGGCGACGUCGAAAAAAGUUAGACAGUGUAGAAAUAAACGACUGACAUCAGCUAAACUAAAUGUUCCAAAACAUAGUAUGCUGUAAAGUCGAGACACACAUCCCCACGAGAACUAAAUGAUCUAAAGGCAAUCUGUGAUGUGCAUUAUCCAAUAUUUAUUGUUAUGAAUGUCUAUAUAUCAGGAAUAUGGCGUUCUGCUUUAAUAGGCACAAAAUACUUCAAAAAGAAGAAAAAUUUAUUAAACAAGGCUAAAUGUGAGUGUGAAUGCAUGCUGUGUUUGAAUCACUCUGUUCCAGGAUUUGUUUGUGUAGGGUUUUGAUAUCUUCAUAUCAUCAUGACAACAAAAAUCCAGUUUCUCAGCUAGCACAGGUCCUCACCCAGAUAGGACAAAAUCAAUUCACCAAUUUGAGAUUGAAGAGAGCUGGAUAUUCUGAUCUAAAAUCCAUGGUACCAGAGCCAGCCCAAGCUUUGAUGGGGUUUUAAGCACAAUUUCAUUUGGGGUCCCUGCCCACGUUUAAUCCCAUCACUAUCCACUGACCUCAGCACUGCCAAUAUUAUCUGUAUAUUGCCAUGGACGCUCAUUUGUGCAUUAUAUAUCGAGCACAACCAUUAUCAUGGCUUAUGAGUGUAAUGUAAUUAUUCCUAGAAAAAUACCUUUAUCCUGUGUUUUCUUUUCUUUUCAGACCAGAGCGAUAAAUCCUUUUUGAGACAUAUUUAUCAAAAUAUUCCACUGUCUUGUGUAUGAUUACUGUAUUACUAUAUAAAUAUACAUUUAUCAAAUGUCUGGUGUGACAUUUCAGGUGCUCUUGGGGGCUCCCGCCAGCUGCUUAGUCGGCUUAUGCCUCAGGCUGGCUCUACAUGACACAAUAAGAUUUAGCUCAACUUUCAAAAUAAAAGCUUCACUUCACUACUUCAGUUGCAGGUUAGCACUGUAUUCUCGCAUUAAAAAGCAAUGGCAACAUAAGUCACAAAAUAUACUUAGCUGUUAUUAUAACCUACCAAAGAAUACUAAGUGUGUGGGUUUAUAUGUACAGUGCACCUUUAUGCUGAAUGGUUUGUCAAAAGCUAAGUUAAACAUUAUUAUUGUAGCUUUGUAUUAGAUUGAUCUCUGCGUAAUACUUUGUGAUUCAGACAGUUAAACUCUGAUUAAACAAAACGUGGUAAUGUAUUCAACUGCCCUUGUUUUCAUAUGUAAAGGAAAUAAAAUGAGGAUCAAGAUGGCAAAGAUGCUGAAGUUUCGUAACCAGAGCGUCAUGGCUGCAGACUUUGCACGGUGUGAUAUGCUGGACUCCCAUUGUGUGUUUGUACUGUAUGUACCCUGCAUGGAGUCUCAUCUUCCUUUCUCUCUUUAUCGUUCAGCCAUAGCCAGCUGGUACUAAGCAGAGGUAUUCAUCCAUCCCUACUCCCUCCUUUUUUGUGCUGUCCCAGCUGCUCUCUCUACCUCUCUCUCUCUCUGCCCCCUCCUUUUGCACCCCUCCCUCCUCUUCCUCCCCCUCCUUCUCCUUCUCCUAUCUAAACCUCCUUUCCUCUGUCAUUUCCCUGCUGUUCAUGUGUCCCGGCGAGGCGUUGCGGACCGUGUGUGUGUGCACUUAGAGGAUGGCUCAGUGCUCAGGUGCAGGCAGCAGACUUUGGGAACCAGUCAAGCAGGCAACAGGACCAGACUUUACACCCAGACAGAGCUUUUUGCUGGGCUGAGGGCUGGAGAUUGAGCCCCCUUUUUGGACCUCCAUCCCUGAAGCUCUCUUAAUCUACCUGUAACUAAGCUUUCUUUUAUACAGUAUUCAUUAACAAGAGGACCAUUUCAACUGGGUUUGGAUCCUAAAUGUUUAAAGGAAAUUCUUCUUUUUGUAUUUGUUAUAAUUGGCACUCAUUUACACUGUGAGCUCUGAGUGGAAGCAGCUGUCUUGUCAGCCAUGGAUUUUGCAGAGGUGAAAGAGAGGAGUAUGUCCUGUCUGUGCCAUGCCCCAAACUGGACCUCAGUGGAUAGCUGCUGAGGGAAAUAAGGCACAAAAGAGAGAGCCAAAUCUUUAAAACGAGGACAGGAAAGUCCUCAGACAAUCUCCCUCUCACACACCUGUGAGGGCUUACUCUCUGACAAAAGAACAGCCGAGAAGAGGAGGAACAAAAAGAUAAUUAGGAGCCAAGAAGAUAAGGCUAAAGGGGAGACUUUGGGUCCAGACUCCCUUCCUUCAUUCAUCCCUCCUUUUUCAGUUCCCACCUGUGUGGAUUAAUUGGGCUGGAGAACCAUGGCGCAUGCCGCUUCGCAGCUGAAGAAAAAGGCGGACGAGAACCUCGCUGCAGAGGAAGAGAAGGAGAAGGAGAGGAAGAAGUCAAGGAAACGGUCUCGCGAACCAAAGAAAAAGACAGACGUAAACGCUUGUUAUCUGCGGGCUGCUCGGGCUGGCAACCUUGAGAAAGCGUUGGAUUACCUGAAAAAUGGGGUUGACAUUAAUAUUUGCAAUCAGAAUGGCCUCAAUGCUCUCCAUCUGGCUUCGAAGGAGGGCCAUGUGGAAGUGGUGGCUGAGCUCAUCAAACAGGGUGCCAAUGUGGAUGCUGCUACUAAGAAAGGAAACACUGCCCUCCACAUAGCUUCUCUUGCUGGACAGACAGAGGUGGUGAAGGAGCUUGUCACCCACAGUGCCAACGUCAAUGCUCAGUCUCAGAAUGGCUUCACUCCGCUGUAUAUGGCAGCGCAGGAGAAUCACUUGGAUGUGGUGCAGUUCUUAUUGGACAAUGGCUCCAGCCAGAGCAUCGCCACUGAGGAUGGUUUCACUCCGCUGGCGGUUGCACUGCAGCAAGGCCAUGACCAGGUAGUUUCCCUUUUGCUGGAAAAUGACACCAAGGGGAAGGUCCGCCUCCCAGCGUUGCACAUCGCUGCACGUAAAGAUGACACCAAGGCUGCCGCCCUCCUCCUCCAGAACGACCACAAUGCUGAUGUGGAGUCUAAGAUGAUGGUGAAUAGAACAACAGAGAGCGGGUUCACUCCUCUGCAUAUUGCGGCUCACUACGGCAACAUCAACGUAGCAACACUGUUGCUUAACAGAGGGGCAGCUGUGGACUUCAAGGCGAGGAACGACAUAACACCGCUGCACGUAGCAUCCAAACGUGGGAACAGCAACAUGGUGCGACUGCUGCUGGAGAGAGGGGCCAAGAUAGAUGCACGCACCAAGGACGGUCUAACUCCUCUUCACUGUGGCGCCAGGAGUGGCCAUGAGCAAGUAGUGGAGAUGCUGCUGAACAGAGGAGCUCCAAUACUGUCAAAGACCAAGAACGGUCUGUCUCCUCUUCACAUGGCGACGCAAGGCGACCACCUGAACUGUGUUCAGCUGCUGCUGCACCACGACGCGCCCGUGGACGACGUGACAAACGACUACCUGACGGCGCUGCACGUUGCUGCCCACUGUGGGCACUACAAGGUGGCAAAGGUCAUCGUGGACAAGAAAGCCAAUCCCAACGCCAAGGCGCUGAAUGGUUUCACUCCCCUGCACAUUGCCUGCAAGAAAAACAGACUUAAGGUGAUGGAGCUGCUUCUGAAGCAUGGAGCGUCUAUACAGGCUGUCACAGAGUCCGGUCUGACGCCGAUCCACGUUGCAGCUUUUAUGGGACAUGAAAACAUCGUCCACCAGCUAAUCAACCACGGGGCUUCACCAAACACAAGCAAUGUGAGGGGGGAGACAGCACUCCACAUGGCAGCGAGGGCGGGACAGUCCAAUGUGGUCCGGUAUCUGAUUCAGAAUGGAGCACGAGUCGACGCCAAGGCCAAGGAUGACCAGACUCCUCUGCACAUCUCAAGCCGUCUUGGUAAGCAAGAUAUUGUGCAGCAGCUCCUGGCGAACGGAGCAUACUCAGAUGCCACGACCAACUCUGGAUACACCCCCCUACACCUAGCCGCCAGGGAGGGGCACAGAGAUAUAGCUGCAACGCUGCUGGACCAUGGAGCUAGUCUGGGCAUUACUACUAAGAAGGGCUUCACUCCUUUGCACGUCGCAGCAAAAUAUGGGAAAAUCGAGGUGGCCAACCUGCUGCUGCAGAAGAACGCUCAGCCUGAUGCUGCUGGAAAGAGUGGACUAACUCCACUGCAUGUAGCAGCACACUAUGAUAACCAGAAGGUGGCGCUGCUCUUGCUCAACCAGGGAGCCUCACCGCACGCUGCUGCAAAGAAUGGUUACACUCCACUACAUAUUGCAGCUAAGAAGAAUCAGAUGGAGAUAACGACCACCUUACUGGAAUACAGUGCCUCUACCAACUCUGUAACGCGGCAGGGCAUCACUCCCCUGCACCUUGCAGCGCAGGAAGGAAACGUGGACAUUGUGACGCUGCUGCUGGCUCGGGAUGCUCCUAUUCACAUGGGCAAUAAGUCUGGUUUGACUCCACUUCACCUGGCUGCCCAGGAGGAUAAAGUCAAUGUUGCUGAGGUCUUGUGCAACCAAGGAGCCUUCAUAGAUCCAGAGACCAAGCUUGGAUACACUCCACUUCAUGUGGCCUGUCACUAUGGCAACGUGAAGAUGGUUAACUUUCUGCUGAAAAAUCAGGCGAAGGUCAACGCCAAGACAAAGAACGGCUACACACCUCUCCAUCAGGCUGCACAGCAGGGACACACACACAUCAUCAACUUGCUGUUACACCAUGGAGCAUCGCCCAAUGAACUCACUAAUAAUGGAAACAGCGCUCUGUCCAUUGCAAGGAGGCUCGGCUAUAUCUCUGUUGUGGACACGCUCAAGGUGGUCACAGAGGAGACUCUGACCACUCAGACUGUAAUCGAGAAGCACAAAAUGAAUGUCCCCGAGACCAUGAACGAGGUGCUGGACAUGUCCGAUGAUGAAGUGUAUAAAGCCAAUAUCCCCGAAAUGAUCACAGAGGACUAUUUUUCUGAUGUGGAAGAAGAAAUGGAUGUUGGAAAUAUCUGCAUCAGCUAUUCCUGUGACGAUGCGAUGACGGGGGACACGGACAAAUAUAUGGCCCCCCAGGAUCUGCGGGAACUGGGCGACGACUCACUCCCUCAGGACGGCUACAUGGGCUUCAGCAUUGGGGCACGAUCUCAGAGCCUUCGUUCCUUCAGUUCUGAUAGGUCCAACAUGCUGAACCGGAGCUCGUUUACACGGGACAGCAUGAUGAUAGAGGAGAUACUGGCGCCGAGUAAGGAGAUGAUGCUUCGUAAGGAAAAGUCUUUCAUUGUAGAGCAACACAAUAAGCAUUUGGCAGCGGCUAAGGACUUUGACAGCGACUCUCUGAGGAGGUACAGCUGGACUGCAGAUGCACUGGAUAAUGUCAACCUAGUGUCCUCACCAAUACACUCCGGUUUUUCCUCUCCGCUCCCGCAGUACGACAGCAGGUUCCUGGUCAGCUUCAUGGUCGACGCCAGGGGUGGUUCCAUGAGAGGAAGCCGUCACAACGGCAUGAGAAUCAUCAUCCCGCCCAGAAAGUGCACAGCACCCACCCGGAUCACGUGUCGACUGGUGAAGAGGCACAAAUUGGCGUCGCCUCCCCCGAUGGUGGAAGGAGAAGGCCUGGCCAGCAGACUUGUUGAGGUCGGUCCCGCAGGAGCGCAGUUCCUUGGUAAACUACAUCUCCCCAGAAAGCUGCCAGCCCUUAAUGAAGGCGAGAGCCUGGUUUGUCCCGUGCUACAGCUGGGACCCAGAGGAACUAGAUUUAUUGGGCCUGUGAUAGUGGAGAUCCCUCAUUUUGGCUCGAUGCGGGGCCAGGAGAGAGAGCUGAUCCUGCUGCGCAGUGAGAACGGAGAAACCUGGAAGGAGCAUCUGUACGACUGCAAGACUGACGACCUCAAUCAGCUCCUCAAUGGCAUGGACGAAGAACUGGACAGUCCCAACGAGCUGGAGAGGAAGAGAAUCUGCCGCAUUAUCACCAAGGAUUUCCCGCAAUACUUUGCAGUAGUGUCUCGUAUCAGACAAGAGACGCACCAGAUGGGACCAGAGGGCGGGACUCUGUGCAGUCGCAGCGUCCCAUUGGUUCAGGCUUCCUUUCCAGAGGGAGCACUAACCAAGAAAAUCAAGGUUGGAUUGCAGGCUCAGCCGGUACCUGAUGAGGCCGUGAAGAAAAUCCUUGGUAAUCGAGCAACCUUCAGCCCCAUUGUUACUGUGGAGCCAAGAAGAAGGAAGUUCCAUAAACCAAUCACCAUGACAAUCCCAGUCCCGCCCCUCUCAGGGGAGGGGCUUACAAAUGGCUACAAAGGAGACUAUACUCCCUCCCUGCGCCUUCUCUGUAGCAUCACAGGUGGUACAUCACCAGCACAGUGGGAAGACAUCACAGGCACAACUCCUCUCACCUUUGUGAAUGACUGCGUCUCCUUCACCACUAAUGUUUCUGCCAGGUUCUGGUUAGCAGACUGCCACCAGAUACCAGAGACGGUGGGCCUGGCCACACAGCUCUACAGGGAGCUGAUCUGUGUGCCCUACAUGGCCAAGUUUGUGGUGUUUGCUAAGAUGAAUGACCCAGUGGAGUCCAGCCUGAGGUGCUUCUGUAUGACGGAUGACAAGGUGGAUAAAACCCUGGAGCAGCAGGAGAACUUUGAGGAGGUGGCCAGAAGCAAAGACAUAGAGGUUCUGGAGGGCCGGCCUAUAUAUGUGGAUUGUUAUGGGAACUUGGCUCCCCUGACCAAAGCUGGUCAGCAGUUAGUUCUUAACUUCUACGCCUUCAAGGAGAACCGUCUGCCUUUCUGCGUCAAGGUCAGAGAUCCCAGUCAAGAGCCGUGUGGUCGUCUCACUUUCCUGAAAGAAUGUAAGAUCAUGAAAGGCCUUCCACAAACUGCCGUGUGCAACCUGAACAUCACGCUUCCCGCAGUGAAAAAGGAAACGGAGUCAGAUGCCGAGGAUGAGACUGAAAAGCCAGAUCGACAACGUCAUACCUUUGCAUCCCUAGCCUUACGUAAGCGCUACAGCUAUCUGGCCGAGCCUGCACUGAAAACAGCAGUUGAACGAAGCGCAGCAACAAGAGCAUUGCCUGCUGGUUACCCUCACAAACCUAUCUUUCCAACCAGACCUUGCCCACCAUGGUCGACUGCUCCUAUUACCGUCCCUGGCCAAACAAGGCCCGUCGGAAUGGGGGGUGCCCUCAUCUCUACCGAUUCACCGGCAGCCUCACCAGCUGCUUCUCCACUGAAAUCUACUUGGCCCCUCUCAGCCCCAUCAGCUGCAUGUCCCACAACUAUAAAAGUUCCACCAGCGCUUACCCUGUCAUCCCCAGUCAAAUCUGCCAGUGACAUAGCGUCCUCAUCCCCCAUCCGUUCUUACAGGACUAUGCCCUCACCCAUUAAAACUGUAGUCCAGCAGGGUCAGUACCCUGUCCAGGGAUCUACCAGCCUUGUGUCCUCUGGAAGUCCAUGCAAACCUGCCACUGAUCCAGCUUCUAUCAAAAGUCUUGCUUCAGCAUAUACAUCAAGGACUUCUCCACUUCACUCAAUGCCCAAUGGUUAUAUACCAGAAAGGUCUCCAGCUCCUGUUCCUUCUACAGCAUCACCAAAGACAUCGUACAGCAUGUACAGUUCUAAUCUACCUUUUAAAACUGCCCUUGGGUCCACAGUUGUGACAGAUGCAGGGGCGCAUACCCUGUCUUCUGUUAAAAGCAUCUCCAGUCUGUCCUCUUUGAAAACCUCUGUAGACUCAACACUCUCAUCCCGUGGAGGGAGGACAUCCAUCUCAUCUCUCUCUUCCACUGGCCAAACAACCAUUGCUUCUUCAGAAUUGUCCAUGAUGAAUGGAUCUGUCUCACCUGUAAAAUAUCCAUCCUCUUCGUCCACUCCAUCCUCCCCUUCUUCACGCCUUAUUUCAGAGAGAAGUAGCAGCCUUCAAGAGAGGAUCCAGGCCACCACCCAGGCAGCAACCUCUGGUGUCAGCGCAGCCAUAAAUGAGGCUAUAGACUCGUACUCUGUCUCAGGCUACGGUACUCUUAAGUCACUGUCGUCCUCGCGUAGAUCUGCAACAGCAAGCUCUGCUUAUGGUUCUCUGAGAUCUGUAGCUGCCUCCCCAAACACGGCAGUUUCGUCUAAUACAAUGACUGUGCCUGUCUAUUCACUGGUUAAUGUCAUCCCAGAGACCCCUGCCAAACCAGGACCUGGGUCUCUUAAGAUGGCUCUUCCCGACUCCUCUCGCACCUCAUCAUCUCUAUCUCUAUCUUCUUCUUUGUCUUCCUGUGUUACUACAACAAAAAUAAAUUCCCAGUUAAAAUCCCCUCCAUUUAUCACACCACCCAUCAUCCACCCGACUGCAGCUUCUAACCAGGAGAUAUUGAAAGAUGUAGCAGACAUGAAACAAGAUCUGAUUAGGAUGACAGCUAUUCUGCAGACAGACACACAGACUGCAGCUAAAACUGUCCAAACUUCACAUACUGGCACUCCCAAAGAGACUAAGUUAGAGGAAGAGGAGCCAUAUACUCUGGUGGAGAAAGUAAAAGAAGAUUUAGUCAAAGUCAGUGAGAUAUUACAGAAAGAUAUCAUUAGUGAAGCUAAAGAAAGAGCCUCAGAGGACGAAUGGGAAGAAUUUUCCAAAGAUGAGAUUGAAGAGGCACAAAGAAGUGCCAUCUCAGACUAUUACCCUCCUUUUGAUGAACACACACUUUUACUUAAGCACCAGUCAAGCAAAGAGUUAGACUUGGCUAAAGUAGUAGACUUUUUAACAAAUGAUAUCGGUGCUAGCUCUCUCUCAAAAAUGGCAGAGCUGAAAUGUAAGUAUGAGGAAGAGGCAAAAAGAGAUGGGGAAGAGAAACAGAAACGUGUUCUCAAGCCAUCCAUGUCAAUACAGGAGCACAAACUCAAAAUGCCUCCGCCAGUUUCAGGCAUGCUCAGAUCUCCCUCAGAGAAGGACCUAAGCAAACUUGCUGAGUCAUAUCAAGGGUCGGACACUAUAUUGGAAUCGCCAGAGGAUCUGUCUCAUGAGCAGGAUAAGAGUCCUCUGUCAGACAGUGGGUUUGAGACCAGGAGUGAAAAGACACCCUCUGCUCCCCAAAGUGCAGAGAGCACAGGACCUAAGCCUUUAUUCACAGAUUCCCCUAUCCCCCCCUGCGUAACAGAGACCAGGACUGAAGUAGUCCAUAUUAGGAGCUAUGAGCAGCCUGAUGAGCUUUGUGAGCCUGGACUAAUGGAAGAGGCUGCAACUGCUCUCCCUGCCAUAGAACCACCUGAAGCAAUUUCAGCAAGCUCCAGCAAAGCCCUACAGAUGAAAAUGCCUGAAGAUGACUCAAUGAAAAGCAUGUGUCUUAAAGAGGAAACCCACAUUACUACUACUACCAGAAUGGUCUAUCAUAAGCCCCAACUGACUGAUGGUGCAGAGAUGAUAGAGGAGGCAAUGUCAGUUAGAGAUAUCAUGAAAGCUUUCCAGUCAGGUAGGGAUCCAUCUAAAGAUUUCGCAGGCCUUUUUGAACACAAAGCUAGCCAGGAUUCUGUCAAAGGUGAUGAGCUCACGCCUAGAUUUCUUGACAGAGAUGUUAAAUCCAAACCCAAAGUUGAAAGGAUAAUUGAGGUUCAUAUUGAGAAGGGCCACAGCACUGCAGAACCGACUGAGGUCAUUAUCAGGGAAACCAAGAAACACCCCGAGCUUUAUGUUUACAAAGGUGAUCGGGGGAUAAAGGAACUGACUGAUUAUGAUGAAGCCCAACAAGAAGAAGAGGAGCUUGCUGUUGAAGAAUCCCUGCCCACCUUUCUGGAAACAUCUCGUGUUAAUACGCCGGUGUCACAGGAAGAAGACAGUCGUCCGAGUUCUGCUCAACUCAUAGCAGAUGAUUCAUAUAAAGCACUUAAAUUGUUGAGCCAGCAGUCCAUAGAAUACUGUGAUGAUGAGCUAUCAGAGAUCCGAGGCGAGUCGUACAGGUUUGCUGAGAAAAUGCUUCUCUCUGAAAAACUUGAUGCGGCAUCACUGAGCCACUCUGACACAGAGGAUUCAGCACUGGUUUGUGACAAAAUCCGCCACCUGGGUACUGAAGAAAGUAGUAGCCGUAGCACUGAGGGUGCAAGUCAACAGCAAGGAAGCCCCAAAAGAGAGUUUGUCUCAAAGUCAUCAAAAGAUGGGUCUCCUAAAUCUGCUAAAUUCCUGCACAGGGAUGAUCCAUCUCAGUUUGAUAAGGUAACAGUGCUCCAUUACUCCACAGAACAGGGCAGCCCUAAACAUGCAGUUUGGAUGCGUUUUACAGAGGAUAAACAUGACAGGAGCAGGGAUAAGUUACUUUAUGAGGAUAGGGUGGACCAAACUGUAAAGGAAGCUGAAGAAAAACUCAGUGAGGUCUCACAGUUCUUCCGUGAUAAAACGGAAAAGCUCAAUGAUGAGCUUCAGUCUCCUGAGAAAAAGCCUAUAAAGCGAGAGCUCAAGGAUCCCAGGUCCUGGCCUAGCUCACCCAGCAGCAGCCCAGAGAAAACCCAGCAGAAACCCAAAGCAGAAGAGGUGUUCAGUAAAAGCAAACUCAGGGAGCCUUCAGUUGGUAAAAUGUUUGGCAGCACCACAGCAGCUGAAAAGAAAAGCUCUAGUCUACCAAGCAGCCCACAGAAAACUGUUCUCUCUCAUACUAGUGAGGAUAAAAUCAAACAACAGACAAAGUCCUGUGUGUCUGAACCCUCCUCUCCUGCUCAUGUAAAAUCAACAUCCAAAGUGAGUGAAGUGAGAAAGAAGUUUGAAUCGGAGGCUCAAAAAGUUAGUCAAAAUCAGUCUAGUCCAGCCAAAAUUCCUCCUCCAGUACAGCCAAAACCGUCAAUAAAGAAAUUGCAGGAGAGCAAACUUCCCGUUUAUCAGUUUUUUGCAGGAGGAAAAGUGUCAAAAGCAUCUGAAACUUCAGAAGAAGUAAGCCCAAAAAUGGAUGCUGAGAAGGACACAAAUGGAAGUAAACCUGGUUUGAUAUCAGCAUGCCCAAAAGUCCCCAAACUAGACAAGCCACCUAACAAAAACAUCCCAGAUGCCUCUGUACAAAUCAGUGAAACAAAGACAGACAAAGUAGGCACUAAAGGGAAGGCUAGUCCAUCCAGUGCAACUCAGGCAAUUAAAGAAAGCAAAAGUCAGAAAGCUCAAUCACCUAUAAUUCCUGACAGUGCCAAAAUUCCAGAAAAAGCCACUGACAGUAAAAAAUACCAACAAGUUACAAAAAGUGAAAGUGCUUCCAAAGAAAUUAUAACUGAGCUAUUCAAAAAGGAUGCAGAGGAAACACUAAAUAAAAAUCUUAGAAAAAAGACAGAAUCUCAAAUUCCUGUUAGAAAUACAUCCCUCUCUUUAGAUAAUGACCUCACUAAGAAACCAACAAUAACUAGACCCUCACAGAUACCAACACUACCUAAAACCAAAGUACAAAGUCAUGAGACAGUCCUAGCCAAAACAGAUCUAACCUUUGAAAUUCUUGAUAAUGCACCCAAAGAUUCAAAUUCCAAUAACCUUCCUAGCCCCAUAGAAAUGUUGGAGAAAGCCAUUACACCUCCAGCUGCUACAACAACCAGAGAGAACUUCAAAGGCAUAAAAACAUUACCUGUUUAUGUUGGUGUUCAGGUGGGUAGACAGGCAGAGAGGGAAGCUAAAGGAGCACUGUACAAUGUCAAACAAAAAUCAAACUUAGCCCUAAGCCCCAUAAGCCCAGAUGAUGACACACUAGAGCAGGUUUCUUUCAUUGACAGCUCGGGAAAAAGUCCCAUUACACCAGAGACUCCCAGCUCGGAGGAGGUCAGCUAUGAUCUCACAUGCAGGACCCCUGAUGGCUUUAUGGGAUUCUUGCCAGGGAAACCAAGCCCCAUCAUGGAGGUAUCUGAGGAAUCAGAGGGAGAUGACCAAGGCAAGGUUUUCUCUUUUAAAGAGGCCCUACCAGAAAGUAAAACCAGUCUUUACUCUACCCAAGCAGACAUAGCUAAUGCCAAUAAGGAAGAAAUAAAAACUGAUAAUCAACACGAGUUGAGCGUCAGCAAUUUAAACCAACAUGAAAGAGUCACUGGCAUGCAUGACGAAAUAACAGGACAGGAGAAGCAACAAGCAUCAAAAGACAAAGGUAUUGCAUAUAUUGAGUUCCCUCCCCCUCCUCCUCUGGACUCAAGUUCAGAAAUGUCAGACCCAGAGAGAAAAGGUUCCUGUGCUUCUUCCGAGACUGAGACGGAAAUGAUGGAGGUGAAUUUGCAGGAAGAACAUGACAAGCAUUUCCUGAUCGAGCCAAUUAUACGAAUACAGCCCCCAUCCCCAGUGCCCCCUGGGGCAGAUGACAGUCAGUCAAAUGCUGAUGAAGAGGAUGAUGAAUCAAUCUUCCAACCCAUUCCUUGCAAGAAAUUCACUUCUAAAGUUGCUGAGGAGGAGGACAAAAAGAAAGAGAAGGAAAAGGCAUCUAAAUCCAAAAAACAUGACAAAAAUGGAAAUGGGCCCAAUGGUGGCACCAAUGGCACUAAUGGUUCUAGUAAUGGUUCAAAAGUUUCAAAUGGCAAAGGAGAGGACUAUGAAUGUGAACAAAAUGGAAAUGACCAGUCAAUUACAGACUGUUCAAUUGCUACCACGGCUGAAUUUUCUCAUGACACUGAUGCGACAGAAAUAGACUCCCUCGAUGGAUAUGAACUCCAAGAUGAGGAUGAUGGCCUGUGUGAGCAGGCAGACUUACGGCUGUUUGGUCUUCCAGACAGCCGGAGAGAUGUCUGGGCAACAGAUACAUUUAGGUCCUCUGAUCGCUCUUUUCCCCAGACUAAACUGGAGGUUAUUGAAGAGGAAAAAACCCCAGAGGAAUGUCAAAAGGAUAUUAUUGGCAAAGAGAUACCCUCAAAUGGUGGAAAGACUGAUGGUGUUAGUAAAGAUGGAGCUACAAGUCAGGAACAAAAACAUUCAGAUAAAGAGGGGUUUUCAGACACUUACUUUAGUUAUAAGAUAGAAGAGGAGUUUAAUUCUCCUUUUAAGACUGUUGCCACCAAAGGGCUGGACUUUGACCCUUGGCCCAGUAAAGGUGGAGAAGAAGUCGUUGAUAUGGGAGGGACACGGGGCAACAAUGGUGAGCCUAAGCCUUUUGGACUGGCAGUUGACGACCAGUCCCAGGCCACAACACCAGACACUACCCCAGCCCGAACUCCAACGGAUGAUAGCACGCCGACGAGCGAGCCAAAUCCAUUCCCCUUCCAUGAAGGGAAGAUGUUUGAGAUGACACGCAGUGGCGCGAUUGACAUGAGCAAGAGGGACAUGGUGGAGGAGAGGCUCCAGUUUUUUCAGAUUGGCCCUCACAGUCCCUGUGAGAGAACAGACCUCCGCAUGGCGAUAGUAGCUGACCACCUUGGACUCAGUUGGACUGAGCUGGCCAGGGAGCUGGAUUUCUCUGUGGAUGAGAUCAACUUGAUCAGAGUGGAAAACCCCAAUUCCCUGACGGCACAGAGCUUCAUGCUCCUAAAGAAAUGGGUGCACAGGGACGGUAAAAAUGCCACAACGGAUGCUUUAACCGCGGUGCUGACUAAGAUCAAUCGGUUGGAUAUUGUGACUUUGCUGGAAGGGCCCAUAUUUGACUACGGUAACAUUUCAGGCACACGCUGCUUUGCCGAUGAUAACGCAGUAUUCCCGGAUCAGUCCGAUGGCUACGACAAUAUAGAUCUGGAGCUCCAAACCCCCUCAGACCUCAACUACGUGCCCCCAACCCCACUGCGCUCAGACGACUUCUUUAGCGAGGGCGAUCCUUUAGUAGAGUCCCAUAACAAGUCCAUGCUUACUAGACCUAGCGACCUCUCUCUCACUCAGACCACCAGCACCUCCAGCAGCGACCCCCUCACAGUGGCCCCGGGUCCAGGCUCCACUGCCACAGAGCUACCUAUUGCUGGGCCUGAAGAUACAGAAACUGAGAUGUUUACUGAAGAAAAAACAGGAUUGGUGUGUGUAGAGAGGCCAGAUAAUGACAGACGGUUGGUAGAGCAAUCAGGAAAGGAGACAGAAGAAGUAAAAGCAGGAGACCAUCUUGUUUUGGAGAGUCAGGGAGGGGCCGUAAAAGAGAAGGCUACCGCAGACACUGGUCUUGGAAAUGGAGUGGAGGAAGAAGAGGAGGAGGAAAUGACGCAGGAGAGGUUGCAGAGUCUGCUGGAGGAUAUAAAGCUGGAAGAGGGCAUGGAGGAAGAGGAGGUGUCAGAGGAGCUUGUGAAUGCCAUCCUUGAACAAGUACGGAAAGCAGAAAAAGACAUUUAUUCAGUUCCAGGCAGGAGCAGUGAGACGUCUGGCGCAAUCGGGGAGUCGGCAGCCCCUGGCCCCAGCCCGGGCUCUGAGAAGGGCAGCCCUGACAGUCUAGCUGAUUCGCUAGAGGAGCCCCAGGUUCAGACCAACAAACAGAAUGGAGGUCAGACUGAAGCAGCCAGGGAAGGGAUGGAAAAGGUGCCCAGGAGGAAGGAAUCCCAGGAGGACAGCAGCACAGCGGGACCAAGCAGAGGAGACAAGGACGGAGGCAACAGGUCCCAGCACAAAGUCCAGGAGAGUGUUAGAGAGAAGGAGUCCGACUCUGAUGAGGAGACCACUGUCACUACCAGGGUGAUACGCAGACGGGUUGUACUCAAGGGAGAGGAGGCCAGAAACAUUCCUGGAGACUCUGUGACAGAGGAGCAGUUCAUAGAUGAAGAUGGGAAUCUGGUCACCAGAAAAGUGAUCAGAAAGGUUGUACGCAGAGUGUUCAGCUCAGAGGAAAGGAGGCAAAGUGAAGGAGAAUUUAUUGCAGCAGAAGAACCUGCUGCUGCUGGUGGGGGAGGUGUUGGUGGUGGUGUAGCCUCAGGUGGAGCUGACACUGCUUCUUCAUCAGGAGCGGCAGCAAGAGCCACGGGGGGGAAGGGCAAGAAGAAGGGGAAGCGAUCCCGACACAGCCACAAGGAGGAGCCUCAAAGAGUGAAAGCUGAGCCUGGAGACGGUGCCAACAAGAAACCAGGGAGGAAGAGUCAUUCUUAACAGUAGAGCUCUCAACUACAACUGGUCCAUGGACAUCCACCUGUGACCCCCACACAUGACCCUGGGAGGAAAAACAGACCGGAGCCAAUGAAACCGGGAGCCAACACGUGUCUGAAGCUUUCGCUUUACAACGCAUGGUUUUCAGCAAGACAACACGUUACUUUUCUUUGAUUUCGCAUGAGCAUGUCACCAAACUCACUCACUGUUGGAAAACAACACCGAAGGACACGCAUGGACGUGAGCUGGAAACUUCUUUAAUCUGUGGCAAAUGAAAGGCGUCUGUGACCAAAGACGGCACAAACAGCGGGGGAAAAGACUUCACUCUCUCAGACACUCGCCUUGUAUGGCUUUAUUUUUUCCUCCUGCACUCACGGUAUUGGGGUGCACCAUGUGGUUCUUUUAUAAAACAAAACAAAGGAGAUAUAAUAGUACUUGGGUGUUUUUGUUGUACAUAAAUGACACUGUAUAAAAUCUUUAAAAAAAAAGAAUUGGUAGCUUCACAGAUUGUUUAUGCACUGAUUUGAGUUGAUGAAGCUUUGCAGAGCCAGUGCAUUUGUAUUGAGAGGUCGACACUUUUCGUGCAGCCUGGAGUGUGUCUUCUGACGUGCUCUUCCCAAAUAUAAAAAGGAACAAAAAAAAGCUGUAUGUGAAUGAAACGAAUGGAGAAAAAAAAUGAUGCUUGAUUUUCAACAGAGGACAUUUUCUUUAAAGACAACAGCCACUCUGCUCUGUCUGAGGGAUAUUCUUCAGAGAAAUGAUAUUUUGCUGCAUGUUAUGUCACUUUAUUUUUAACGCUUUCCUUUCUUUCUCUUAAUUCAAAGCACUGUAAUACAACUUAGAGAGGGUGUGAUGGUACUUCUGUCUGUGUGAGCACUCAUAGUAACCCAAACAUCUGUCAUCUAUAACUGUUUUGUUUUUUUAUUUAAUUUCUUUUUCUUUUCUUUUUUACAAAUGAAAUGACACUCCACAUCCUAGUGGCGAGAUAGUACAGCAUCCUUCUUAUGCAACAGGAAAGUACUGACACUGUCCAAUGCAUCUUUCAGACUAGCACAUUGUUAGCUCUAGACCGCUAGCAACGCUGUGUGUGUGUGCGUUUGUCUGUGUGUGCGCGUGUGUGUUUAACAUUAAGAAAAAAAUCCAUGCAUACUAGAAGUGUAUAUUUAAACCUUUAGUUCUACUGUGGUUUUUAAAAGGGGACUUUUACGUUGAUGAUUUUUAUCCUGUUUAUUUGCUUCUAUUUACACGAGAACAGAGAAUCUCAUUUUUAGCCCCAUCACUCAAAUCGAAAUCUUUGUAAUCACACACAAAUCACUGUCAGUUAUUAAAAAUGUGACUUUCUGUUCAUGUGUAAAUUGUUUUUCUGUUUGGUUUUUUUUCAUAUGAAUCCACCCUAAGCAUCCAUUGUUGAUAAUAAAUCUGGUACCGACAUGUAUGACAAACCAACAUAGCCUACACUGGAUGAUCCAAGUAAUUAUUUAAGCAGAAAAAUAAAUUGUGUUUAAACUGAA